AUGUCGCAACCUCAACCGGAGGAAGUCAUGCACCAAGUCCAAGCGGAACUGGCGAACGCGUACGCGCAAGAGUUCUUCACGACAGUUCGGGAAAAAUGCUUCAAAUUGUGCGUCUCGAAACCGUCGUCGUCGUUGAGUUCGUACGAGAGGAAAUGCUUGGAACAGUGCACGGAACGGUACGUGGACGCGACGAGGAUGAUCAGCCAAGUGGUUUUGAAACAGUAUAGCAACGGGGGUGGGUCUGGUGGGAUGUAG